AUGGGCGCGAACGUCCCGCGCGGCGAGACGGCUGGCGCUGUGAUGGUGAUCGAGGGCGUGACCGUACAGGUUGGCGAGCGCGACCUGUUGCAGGACGUUGACUGGCGGCUGAUGCCGGGCCACAGGGUGGGCCUGGUCGGCGCCAACGGGGCCGGCAAGUCGACGCUGCUCAAGGCCCUCGCCGGGCUCAAGUCGGUGCGCUGCGCGCGCGCGCGUGCUGUGCGUGCUGUUCGCGCGGUGAAUGGCAAGCUGGUGGUGGCCCCCAAGGUGGAGCUGGGAUACCUCGAGCAGACAGCGGUCAGCGGCAGCACGCGCUCCGUCUGGGACGAGGCGCGCAGCCAGAUGAGAGCCAUUGUGCGCGCCGAGGCGGCCAUGACCGAGGCGAGCGAGGCGAUGCUGGCUGGUGACCCCAAGGCCAGCGACCGCCUGGCCGACGCGCAGGAUGCCUUCGAGGCCGCGGGCGGCUACGACGCCGACCGCCGCAUCGGCGGCGUGCUGUCGGGCCUGGGCUUCGCGCCCGAGCAGUGGCACAAAAGCUGCGCGGAGUUCAGCGGCGGCUGGCAGAUGAGGAUUGCUCUGGCGCGCCUGCUGCUGAGCGAUGCGGGGCAGGCGGCGUCCAAGGGUGCGUCUGGCGGGCUUCUGCUGCUGGACGAGCCUACCAACCACCUGGACAGUGCGGCAGUCAAGUGGCUCUCCGGCUUCCUGGCCACCAGCGGCGGCACCCUGGUGCUGGUUUCACACGACGAGGCGCUGCUGGAGGGCGCAUGCGAUCGGAUCUGCGAGGUCCGAGGCAAGAAGCUCCACCACUUUGCCGCCGGCUACAAGAAGUUCCUCGAGAUGCGUGAGGAGCGCGAGACCAUCGCCGCCGCCACCGCCGCCGCCACCCAGGCAGAGAUAGAGCGCCUCGAGGCCUUCGUGGCCCGCUUCGGCGCCAAGGCGUCGAAGGCCAGCCAGGCGCAGUCGCGGCAGAAGCAGCUCGACAAGCUGAGGGAGAGCGCGCCGGAGAUACCCGCGGCGUCGAGCGGCGCGGGGCCGGGGGACGCCCGGAAGGUGGCCCUGAAGCUGCCGCCCCCGCCCCCCUGCUUCACCGAUGUCCUGGAGCUGCAGGAUGUCGCCACAGGCUGGGGCUCACCGGACGCCGGCCGGCCGCCGGUCGUGUCCGGCGUCAACGCCGUCAUCCAGAAGGGCCAGCGCGUGCUGGUGCUGGGGCCGAAUGGGGCCGGCAAGAGCACGCUGCUCAAGACCAUCGGCGGCACCGUCCAGCCCUGGGCGGGCAGGGUGAAGCUGGGGGAGGGCGCCAAGCUGGGCAUCUUCUCACAAGACCUUGCGCAGGAGCUGCCCCUGGACCGCCCCGCGCUGGACUAUGUGUGCGAGAAGGCGCGCGAGGAGGACUCCAGCAUCACCCUGGAGAAGUGCCGCCAGGCGCUGGGGGCGCUGGGGCUGGUGGGGUCGAUGGCGCUGCAGACCAUAGGCUCCCUGUCCGGCGGCGAGAAGGCGCGCGUCGCGCUGGCGGUCUUUGCCCUGGUGCCCGCCAACGUGCUGCUGCUGGACGAGGCGAGCAACCAUUUGGAUGCACAGACCAUCGAGACCCUCACAGGGGCCCUGCGUGAGUUCAAGGGCGCCAUCAUAGCCAUCACCCACAACAGGUCCUUCGCGGAGAGCCUGCAGGCCACCCACAUCCUGCGCGUCCAGAACGGCGGCGCCAAGCUGUCAUACAACGACGGCCUCAGCGACGCCGACUUUGAGCACCCCAACGGCAGGAGCGCGACAGCGGCGGCCGCGGCGCCGGCGGCGGGGAAGAAGGGCGGCGGCAAGGCGAAGGGGGCCGCGGCAGCAGCGGCGGCGGCGCCCGUGGUGGCGCCCGCGGCCAGCAGCAGCAAGCCGGCAGCGCGCAAGCGCACGACGCUGUCUUUCAAAGAGAGGGAGGAGUACGAGAAGCUGUGCAAGGCCAUGGAAGCUUCCGGGAAGGAGCAGGCGGCCCUCGAGGCCAAGGUGGCGAAGCUGGCGGCCGACCCUUCCCAGAGGGCGGCGCUGGAGGAAGCCAGCGGGAAGCUGGCCGACCUGGUGGCCAAGAGCGAGGAGAUGGAGCUGCGGUGGCUGGAGCUCGCCGAGCUGGCGGGAGACCUGUAA